GGCGCGCCGCCCGCGGUCUCUAAGCAGGUCGCCACGGGCUGGCACGCGCCACUCUCGUCCCAGAGUAAAUAAGGGACCGAGCGCGACUCUCCAGAGCACCGUAAAUAGAGUCCGAGUGGGCGGGGAGCAGCCCGGCACCGCCUGCUCAUGUCGCUGCAGAGCCAAGUGUCCGGCCGCCUGGCACAGCUGCGCGUGGCGGGGCAGCUGCUGGUCUCCCCGCGCCCCUGGCCCGGCCGCUCGGCGGGUGGCCCGCGGCCCCGUGGCAGUGCGUACGGUCCCCUGGUGGCGCUGGGCCAGCACGGCUACUGCGCGUGGCCUUCGGCGGGAGUUGGGGCGUGGGGGGCGGCAGGGCGUGGAGCCUGGGUGCGCACCUGGGCCCCCCUGGCCAUGGCCGCGAAGGUGGACCUGAGCACCUCCACCGACUGGAAGGAGGCCAAAUCCUUUCUGAAGGGCCUGAGUGACAAGCAGAGGGAGGAACAUUACUUCUGCAAGGAUUUCAUUAAGCUGAAGAAGAUCCCCAUGUGGAAGGAGACAGCAAAAGGGCUGGCUGGGAAGGUGGAGAACCCCAAGUAUAAGAAGGACAAGCAGCUGAAUGAGAAAAUCUCCCUGUUCCGUGGGGACAUCACCAAGCUGGAGGUGGAUGCCAUUGUCAAUGCUGCCAACAACUCCCUGCUUGGAGGCGGAGGGGUGGACGGCUGCAUUCAUCGGGCCGCGGGAUCCCUCCUGACGGACGAAUGCCGCACCCUGCAGAACUGCGAGACCGGCAAAGCCAAGAUCACUUGCGGCUAUCGGCUGCCAGCUAAGCAUGUCAUCCACACGGUGGGGCCCAUCGCCGUGGGCCAACCCACUGCCAGCCAGGCGGCUGAACUCCGCAGCUGCUACUUGAGCAGCCUGGACCUGCUGCUGGAGCACCGGCUGCGAUCGGUGGCUUUCCCAUGCAUCUCCACAGGCGUGUUUGGCUACCCCAAUGAGGAGGCUGCGGAGGUAGUGCUAGCUACGCUGCGCGAAUGGCUGGAGCAGCACAAGGACAAGGUGGAUCGGCUCAUCAUCUGUGUGUUCCUGGAGAAGGACGAGGGCAUUUACCAGGAGCGCCUGCCCCAUUAUUUCCCAGUAGACCCACCUGGGCCUGGAGGACCUCGUUCUCAGCUCUGAGAGGUCUCAGAAGCCUGCAACUUGUUCCAGCCUGGCCACAGCAGGGUUCUGCCCUCACCCCGAGCCUGUCCUGCCCUGCCUUUAAGAAGCCUCCUAAUAAAGCUGUCUGGUUCAGCCCUCACUGUCUGGGUCUGGCUGGUACCCUCCUCUUCCCCACUUCCCCCACUUCCCCCCCUUCCCCACCUUCCCCGCCCUCUCCCAGAGGAAGGUAGCUUCUGGAUGGGAUGAUGUCUUGGGCAUCUUGCUUCAAGAGGCUCCAAAAGCCCUGGGUGAGCCAGGAGGGUAGAUGCAUGGGCCAGACAGCAGAGGCAGCGGCAGCAGCACUUCACAUUUAUUGAGGGCCUGCCCCCAAGGAGCUCACAGCCUGGGCUGAGACCCCACAUGUGCUGGGGGUGGGGAGAAGGCAACGAGGCAGGUAAUGCAGAUAUGGCCCAAGCAGAGGGGGUACAGAGCAAGCACAGGCAGGGGCUCUGGGAAACAGGUAACAGGCAAGCCCUACUAGAAUGUUUCUCUCACACCAGGUCAGCUUCUCCAAGGGCCCACUGAGGAUGCCUAGCUCCUCCACCUACUCUAGGCCAGUCUCCCCCCAUAAGCCUCUCACCCCAGGACUCCUCAAUCAUGCAGACCCUGAGGGUGGGCAGAGAGGUGUGAUCUGGGGCCCUGGCUAGAAGUGCUUUGAGUAUGGAGCUUGAGAGCUCUGGUCAAGUUCCCAAGGAACUUCCCACAGUUCCCACAGGAACCCUGGGGAGGUUAAAGAGAAAGGGCAGAAGUAUGGGUAGAAAGCAGAACUUCAAGAAGCCAGAAGGGGCCCAUGGAGGCCUAGUCCCCUUCAAACAUCUCCUGGCAGGAAUGCCUGGCAGUACAUAGGUGGAAGCUGGGGUACCUGUCUUAGGGAAAGGGACAGCCAGACACACAGCAGCCAGCGGGCAGGUAGGGAAGGGCAGCAGAGCAGGGAAACGCACACUCAGGCUCACCACCAGCAUCCCCUUUAAUAAAACAUGGAAGGUUCUAUGACAGGAAAAGGGAGGAGUGAAAUAUGACCAUUUACAACCACACAAAAAAAAAAAAAAAAGAAAGAAAAAAGAAAAGAAAAAACCCUCUGUACAUGUCUAGCGCCUGGCAGGGGAGGCAGGCAGGGCGCGGUAGGCCAGCCGGUCAUUUGUAGAGGAUAUCGUAGUGUCCAGGUCGGUAGAGCAGGUAGACCUUGGGCUCAGAGCCCUCGGGGAAGACGUGUGGAUUGGUGGUGCCGCCCUCGCCGCGGUCCAUGUACUCCACCUGGAUGGACACACUGAGGGCCUGGGCCAGGGCGAUGAUGUGGAUGUGGUCGCUCUCCUUGCACAUGGGUUCCACCUCCUGUGGCACAGGGGCAGGUCAGGCCUGUCCCAGGCCCCCUCCCCCAGGCCCCACAGCUCACCCUGGCAUGCCCCACCCCGACACAAAAGAGAAAAGGAGAGCCCGGGGCAGAGUCGGAGAGGAGUGGCACCUGCUGGCAGAACUCCUUAACAGUCCGGCCACCCUCUAUGAAGUGCUCGAAGAACUUGCUCUCCCGCUGCAGGUAGCCUGAGGUGAGCAGUCGCAGGUAGACCACAAGGUAGUCUGAGGUGCUCUGGUCGUUGAAGGAGGCCAGCAGGUCAGCUACUGAGGUCUGCUUCUCCACCUGCUCGAUAAGGUCCAUGAACUGCCCCACCGAGAGACAAAAGGUAAGAUGAGGAAGACAAGUGACAAGAGGGCUCCCUUACCAUAUCCUGGAGAGCCACCCUUCCUGUUAACCCAGUCUGAGACAGGUGGGCUCACUCACUGUGUUGUGGAAGUCCUCGAUUGUGAAUUCAGUGAAGCCCUGGGACACCAGGUCCUCUUUACUCUUGGCAGACACGGCUUUGAACCUGUACGUGGGAAGGAAUGGGAAGCCCAUAUGGGCUCCUCAGCUGGCAGAGCAAGGCCCUAGCCAGCCCAGUCCUCCCUAGACAAGGACACCCACCGAGCUCAAAAAGAAGCCCCCAAGCAACCCACUGAUGGCUGGCCUAAGGCCCCGACUUCCUUGUCAUCAGGAGAGGCCCAGAGCCCACAGUGGCUGUUCUCACCGCUGCAGUUCCUUGCUGUCAUCGAGCAGUGCCUCCAAGUGGGAGAAGCCAAACGCUCGAUAGAAGCAGUUCCCGUCGGGCCUGGUCUUCCGUAUGUAGGAGUACUUUUUGUGGAGGUCCUGCAGAGGAGCAGCCCAGCUUAACACUCCCCAGCCCAGCAAACGGCCAUGGCAGCAGGUGGCCACCAAGCUCCAGGUUCCCACCUCCUGGCUUCUGAAUGGGGACACCAAGUCACCAUUGGUGCAGAGUCCUCUCCUGGAGGCUCCUGGAAGCUAUGCACUUAUAUGUCAACAGUUGUAUGUCACCAGCUGCUAAGCCACAUGGGUGACGCUGCUAGAGGUUGGCUUAAAAACAGGUAACUAAGUCUGUCCUUGACUAAUUUCAGCUUUUAUGGUCUUCAAAUGCAAGCGUGACAAAGCAGGAGAACAGGACAGGCCACAUCACCAGCUGCCCUGCUCAACAGGGCUCCAGAAACACAGGCAAGGUCUCCCCAGACAGUCGGAGAAGCUAAACUAGCUCCCCACACACUUUCACCUUCGAACCUCACUGGCUGCCCACAGCAGGGAGCUUUUCUGCUCCCCAGGACACUGACUCACUCCUAGUGCUGCUCGGUAAGCAAGCCUCUCACCCACCUGCACACCCCUGGCCCUGGCCACCUCUUGUGCCUGCACCUUCCUCUGAUGACUAUCUUCAGACAACUGUCAGUAAUGAGUGUCCCUUCACACUGAGAACAUGGCCCUGACAUUUCAUCUGCCACUAGGCCACCCCAAUAUUCACUACCAGCUCCCAUCCUUCAGAUUCAAGGACAUCUCCCUACCAGUUUUGACUCCAGAGGCAUAUAGGAUCCAGGUAGGCCUCCCAAUACGAACGGAAACUCUUGUGAGAGGGAGGCUUUUAUCUGGCCAAAGUUAGGAACAGCCUAGAGCUGCUGUUCUCAGCCUUCCCCAGCCUGGCCUGGGGAAGUGGCAGCAUCUCCUUUUUACCUGGUGUCUCCCAGACCACCCCUCAGCUUUCUCCACUCUGAAGGGUACAGCCCCACCAAAGGAUUCAGUAGCCUCCUUCAAGACACCUGCCAGUUCCAACGACCCAAAACAGGCCUCCUGCCUGCCCUAUAAACACCAGAGGUCUGACAGUAUCUUCACCUCUUAGUCACACAUACAAUAUUUCCUUUCAUUUUGGUUUUGAGAAGUCUCAUUUUGCAGUCCAGGCUAGCCUUGAACUUGCUAUAAUAUUGCCUCAGGCUUCUGAGUGCUGAAAUUUCAGACCACCAAACCUAGAUAGAGUUCCACCUUAGAUGCUCUGCCUCCCUACACCUCCUCACCGUCUCAAACAUCUCCACUGCCACAGCUGGCUUGCACCAACCUGAUCUUCAACCCAGCUUCUAAUUACCUCAGAGAUGGCCCACUUCUGCCCUGUCACAUCUACCAAACAGUAGAUCCCUUAGGCUCCUCCUUCACACACCAAGCACCCAAAUGCAUCACUACACAGGCUAUUCCUGGUCCAUCAUGCCUGCUUCCUGUUUUACUGCCAAAGCCCCUCACUAUUCCCUCUUCCUCCACUGUCCCCUGAAACCUAUUUUCACCCUGAAACAACAGUAACCUUACACCUAAGCCUUCUUCCACCCUGAAACCUGGAAAGAACCCAGACACUCCCAGGCCAAACUGGCUUUCAUGGAGGCCCCAGCCUGCCCAGAUGUCCACUUAUUAAACUACCUCAAACCCUGCUACCUUUAGACACCCUGUCACUUGGCAUCUCGCUCCUGUCCAUCAAGUACAUCUUUCAUAGAGGCUCUUGCCCACUGCCCCUAUUUAAAAUACUCAGCAGGGCAUAGAUGCAUAUGUCUUUAAACCCAGGACUUGGGAGGCAGAGGCAGGAGAGUCUCUGGAGUUCAAGACCAGUCUGGUCUACGUAAGCAAGUCCAAGACAUCCAGGGUUCUGUUACACAGAGAAACCCUGUCUUGAACAAAGAGAGAAAGAGAGGAAGAGAGGAAGAGAGGAAGAGAGGAAGAGGGAAAGGGGGGAGGAAGGAAGGAAGGAAGGAAGCAAGCAAGCAAGCAAGCUAGCUGGCUGGCAAGCUGGCUCAAUGGUUAAGAGCACUGACUGCUCUUCCAGAGGUCCUGAGUUCAAUUCCCAGCAACCACAUGGUGGCUCACAACCAUCUGUAAUGGGAUCUGAUGCCCUCUUCUGGUGUGUCUGAGGACAGAGACAGUGUACUUAUAUAAAAAUAAAUAAAUAAUGUUUAAAAAAAAAAAAAAAAAAAAAAAAAGAGCACUGACUGCUCUUCCAGAGGUCCUAAGUUUAAUUCCCAGCAACCACAUGGUGGCUCACAGUCAUCUGUUACGGGAUCCCAUGUACUCUUCUGAUGUGUGUCUGAAGACAGCUGCAAUGUACUCAUAUAAAUAAAAAUAAAUAAAUCUGAAAGGAAGAAAAGAAAGAAAGUGCAAAUUCUCCCACUCCUUUAUUUCUCUCCACUGUACUACCCAUCUCUAACGACCAAAUUUUGUGUGUGCGUGCGUGCGUGCGUGCAUGUAUAUGUGUAGUGUUACAGGGUUGGGGCAGGUUUUGCUCUAUUUAGCCCAGGUUGACCUUGCUCCUCUUGCCUCGUUUUCUCCUGAGAUUAAAGACAUGCUGUCCACCACACAUACCUUUUAGUUUGUGUAUCUCUUGCACUGCCCUGUCAGCAUCACAGGAGCAGGACUGUGUUUCAGUCUGCAGUGUAUGUAGCACCUCUACUGCCUGGCACUGUAACAUGACCACUAUGCUAAGGCUGCUCAGAGUCAGAAGCUCACUGGGCAUACUGUCGGCACCCUGUAGAGGGCUCCUGUCCACUUCCUCACACCCUCACAAAGUCCACUCCGCACAGGAGCCAAGGACACACCCAGCCUGGUUUUGCUAUCACCCAGGAAGAACAGGAGGACUUAACAGAAAAGAAGUUUAGGGGUACUGCAGUGCUUGGCUGUAAACAGCUCUCUUCAGUUUGCUAAAUGACUCAAUGCUAAGAACCGAGGGUGUCCUGUUGUUUUUACAGGGCAGCUCAGGAGAACAGGUGGCCCUGGAUGACCAUCACUCUAACUGGCCACAUGGGAGAGGAGGAACCUAUGCUUUCUAAGCACUUACCGGGCACAGCGGCACUCAAUUCAACACCCUCCCUAAACUUGCCCCAUGGGCUGAAAAUAACUCUAGCCAGAGAUCCAGCCUUGAACAACUUGUCACACAACUGCAGAGCACAGAUCUACCGGACUCAAAAGUCAGGGCAGAGCCUUAACCCCCUCACAUAUAUUCUGGAGAAAUCCCAAAUCCCUGAGCAGCAGGUAUAAGCAGAUCAGACUGCAGACAGCUGGUCUAGGCUGAACAGGGGUCAUUUAGUUCACGCAUUUCCCCUCAGGUGCUAAGGAUGGAACUUAGAGCCUUGCAGAUGCUGGCUCACCCUACUACUGAGCUGGCUGCACCUCAGCCCUACACAACAUAUUAAGUUCUGCCAACUGCCAACAGCUCAGAGUCAGGAAAGCUCAUGAACUUUUGCUUCUCUGGCAACAGGGAAGUAACUGUGGACACUCACUACCGUGCCUGGCUAUUGUGGAGCUAUGAUGCCCUCCCAGUAAACCUGUCAGGAAGCUUCCUUCUUGCACUGCCCCUGUAAGGGAGUUUAUCUGCUUGGCCGCCUGAAGACUCCAGCUGCAAGUAGAGGCCAUAAACACCUAUGGUCUUUGGAGGAGGACUGGAGGGAACCAUUUCUUAACCCUUCAGGCUGUCCACUAAAUACUAUUUUCACCCCAGGGUACAGUCCAACCUCCACUGCUCCCAGCCUCUGGGGUGACUGGUAAAGACUGCCUAAGUUUGUGUGAUGCAGCAGGUACACAGAGAAGGCCUGUCGUUCACAAAGAUCCAGCAGCCAGACUAUAGGACGGGCCUCUAUGACCAAUCUACCCAUCCCAAUACCAGCGAGUUUGGCCCCUGGCUGGCUCCUGAGCUGUCAGUGCCCGCCCAGCCUGCACCUGGUCCCACCUGAGCAUCACGUACCUCAACCUUACAGCCACCCUACAGGAAGAUGCUUUCACUGUCCCUAUUUUACAGAUGAGGACACCCAGGGCUCAGAGACACUGAAGGACCUGUCAAGAAGACAGCUGCUGAGUGGCAAUCUGAUGUGAAUGGAGGUCUCAGUCCAGAGGCUGCACACUUCAACAACUAGCAAUAGGAGGUGUGCCCCCCCCCAACACCCAACCCUCUCAGACAUUAGGCCUGACAAGAAGCAGGGCUGAAAGAGGCUCCCUCCUGCCCCUCUGGCCAGGAUCCCACCUUGAUCUUCUGUUGGUAAAUGUUGUCAUCCUCAGCAUACUCCUUAUACAGAACUGAGAGUUCCAGUCGCUCUGACACCAGAGGAUUCUGCACAGCAAUCUGCAGGGAGGCAGGAGAUUGACUAACCCAUGUCUAACACCUACAAAAGGGGUGCUGGGCUGGUCAUCCAGUGGCACAGCAACCCCCAUAAAAGCAUGAAGUGCCUAAAAUAGACUUGAGAGGGGAGGGCUUCAAAGUAGACAUUAGGCCUCAGGCCCACAAAGCCCUCAGCUACUCCCUCCCCAACCUUCUUCAGCACCUCACCUCUUGCUGAAUCCGGUCUUGCUGAGCCAUAAUGGCUUCAUCAUAGGCUAGACAGUUAACACCUAGAAAAAGGAGAAAAAAAGAAGUGCCAACCAAGGGUUCCUGUGGGGUCUGACUAUCUCAACAGCAGGCAGCUUUGGCAGAACAGGUCAGGAAUCUAAGAGCCUAUGCCUUACACCCCACUGUGUAUUCUUAGAAAAGUCCUUCCCUCUUCGAGUUCUCAUCUCCUCAUCUUUUGAAGGUAGCUGGAUAUGGUGUCAUUUGGGAGGCUAAGGCAGGAAGACCACAGGUCUGUGUAGCCAAUCUCUAAAAAGGAGCAGCUAAGCAUCACAGUGCACGGCUGUUAAGUCCCAGCAAUUGCAGACCAGACCAGGAUGCAGAAGCCUAGGAAUUAAGACAUCAGCUCUGCAAAUAUGGCAAGCCUUUAUCUUGGAAGAAAAAAAUAAUAGGGCUGGGGUUGAGGCCCAGUGGUAAAGAUAUAUUUGUCCUGUGGGUAUAAAGCCCUGGUUUCUAUUUCUAACAACCUCAAGAAAUAAGUAAAUACAAAUAAAUAAAAUGACAAUGUAAAGAUCACCCCCAAGCUCUCCUGCAGCUCCCUGCUUUCUAUCAGCACUCUGUAGCAUCUUGGGAAUGCUCUGGGGAAGGGAGCCUCUGGGAGAAAGCAAGAUGAAGGGGUGGUGCCCUAGGUAGAAAGUAAGCCUGCACUUUAUUGAGACACGCCCUUUGUCCUUCUGUGGUCCCAUGUAUGCUCACUUUCCAAAUUAAAGAAACAAAUAGAGAAAUGACUCCAUCUUGUCCAAGGUCAAAGGUCAUAAUGAGCAAGUCCACAUUUGCACAAUUUCAGCCUGAGCUCUUGGACAUAUCACUUGCCACUUAACUAUAAAGCCCUCUCCCCUCACUGGCAAAAUGGAUUAAUGCCGUUACCUUGAUCCCAUCAUCAAAAUAUGCUGGGAUUGUGCCAGCAGCAACUACUACCUAAGCACUCUCUUGAGUUAUCCAUGGAUUCAGGACGUUCAUUCUGAAGACUCUAAGCAGCUACUGUAGGAGUCAGGAGACACUAAUUCUAGUCCUGGAUCCUUCUUAGAUGUGAUGGAGAACAAUUUCUUUCUUCGUAUCUGGGUUUCCUAGCCCUCAACCUCUAGUAUGUAGUGUGGAGUUAGAGUAGGGUGUGCGUGUAUUGGCUUUUUAAAGCCAAUCCUUUGGGGCCUGAUUAUUCCAAGUUCUCAGCUGAGCUUCUCACCAUGUCCUAAAACGGGACAACCCCUAGAGCCCAAGUUCUCGGUAGACAGGGAGAAGGUGUGACCAGUUUUUGUUUUUUUUGUUUUUUUUUUUAAGGACCAGGGAUCUAGGAAAACAAUGCCUGUUCAAAGGAGCCGGAAGGCCAGAACAAGCUCUAAGGAAAAGGGCCGCCAAUGGCAUCCAGAACGGCCCACCAGGGACUUCGUCCUUGGAAGCCCGGCGUUACUCAACGCCUUUCAGCAGCUCCGGCAAAGGCGGGCCGGGCCUAGGCCUCGGCUAGACUGCGAGGACUCAGGCGGGCAGACUGCGGGAGCCAGCCGAGGCCGCGGUACCGGCGGAGGCGGGGCGGUCCAGGCCCCGCCCCAGGCGUGCGCGAGAGGCCGAGCCCGGGCCCUGGCCGCCCCGCCCGGCCGGGGGUCGCCGCGGCCCUGCUUCCAUUGUGAGGGGGAGGGGAGAAGACGUGGUGAAGGGCUCCGUCGCACGCUACGCCCAGUCCCCGGGGCUCUGCCUCCCCGAGCUCCUCGGGAACGACCAGCCAAGGCUUGCCCCCGCUACCCCGGGCAGAACAUCCUUCCCUCCGUUCGUACCUUCGGAAUCGCUGCCCAGCGGCUCCUGCUUCUGCUGCUGAGGUUCCUCCGCCGCCAUCUUUAAACAGCGCUGCACUGGCGAUCGCUUCCGGGUUAUUAAUUGCCCUCCUCCCGGAAGGGAGCCCCUCCUUGUGGCCCCGCCUUCGCAACGCCCCUAGCAACAGGCUCCCUUUGGCGGUUGUCAGGGCCUGGGCUGCUGCUGCUGCCCUGGGGAGCUUAGGGGCUAGAGUCCUCGGGAGAAGCGGAUGGACCCAACGCACGCUUCCACACUUCCACUUUCCCAAAGGUCCUGGGGUGCUAAGGACCUCCUUGAGUCACUUCUGUUUUCUGUAUACUGAAGUUUGAAACGCAGGUUGUGUAACUGAGAUAAAGAACAAGAUGGAAUUAAAGACACUAGAAGGUUGAUCACAGCUGCGAAUGCAUUCAAGGUACUGGGCAGUAGCUGCAGUGCGGAGCCACUACAGGAAGAGGUGACAACCUUCUGACGCCCUUCGGAGCCCCGAAAUCGCGGCCUCUCGCCUCUGACCACUGAGCCUGUUCUCUACAGGCUUUGAAGACCUGUUUCCAGCACGGAGAGCAUCUUCCUUUGAUAUCAAAACCAAAAGCCUCGACCUAACUUUGGCUAUAUGUCCUCCUAUCUGAGAAAGCAGAGCCAUUUAAAAGCGUGGACUUGAGUCCAUAAUGCGAACACGUGAAAGCUGGAGACAUGGAGGGUCAGGAGUUCAAGGUAAUCCUGGAGUUUCAGGCAAGGCUUGGUUGUUUUGUCUCAAACAAAACCUGUGCCAAAAAGUGGCCGUCCUUGCUAACUUUUGCCAAAGCUACCUAUUUUCUUUGGGUUAUGUCUCCAUUCUGAGAAAUGGAUACUCCCAUUUGCAGGUCCUGUGUACCCAGAAAAGCAAACACCAGCGAGUUUGCAGGAGAAGGCAUUUACUUCUUGAUAGCACAGCUAUAGCUAGCACUGAGCCACAGAGACUCCUUUUACCCUCCAGAGUAGAGGUCCUUGUCCUGACGAGUCCCAACCCCAGCUCCUAUAUGGACUCCUUAGUCCAGGAAAUAGAGGCCAGGGUGGAAAAGCUCUCUUCAAGAUUAAGAAAAAUCAAGUACAGGCUAGGCAUGGUGUCUGCCAUUAAUUCCAGUACUAGGGAGGCAUGUGGAUCUCUGAGUAGAGGCCAGCUUGGUCUACAGAGUGAGUUCCAGACUCCAGACUAAAGAGAGAAACCCUGUCUCAAAAAAAAAAAAAAGAGUGGGGAGGAGCCAAAAAGAAAUCGUGUCCUUUGUUAUCAGCUAUCAUUGGUAUUGUGUCUAUAAUGUGUGGAAGGCUGUGUGUGCCGAGGUGCCUGUGGAAUAGAGCACAACUUUUAUAGAAUCCGUUCUCUCCACCUUUAUAUGGGUUCUGGAGGUGGAACGUAGGUUUUCAGGUUUGUAUGGCAAACACUUUACCCAUUGAGCCAUCUUUCCAGCCCUCCUCUUUUAUUUAUUUUUUUUCUUCAAGAUUUAUUUGUGUAUGUACAUGUACCAUAUGCAUGACUGGUGCAUGGGGAGGGUCGAGGUGGAGUUAACAGUAGUGUGAGCCACUCGACCUGGCAGUGAUCCUUCUAUAGUGAGAAAUUGGAAACCAGAGCCUCAGUUUAUAACUUUUUGAAAAUGUUCACUUAUGGGGCUGGAGAGAUGGCUCAGCGGUUAAGAGCACCGACUGCUCUUCCAGAGGUCCUGAGUUCAAAUCCCAGCAACCACAUGGUGGCUCACAACCACCUGUAAAGAGAUCCAAUGCCCUCUUCUGGUGUGUCUAAGACAGCUACAGUGUAUUCAUAUAUAAUAAAUAAAUAAAUCUUUAAAAAAAAAAGAAAAUGUUCACUUAUUUAUUUUAUGAGUGCUUUGUCUUGAUGCACACUGAAGAGGGCAUCAGAUCUCAUUACAGAUGUUUGUAAGCCACCAUGUGGUUGCUGGGAAUAAACUCAGGUCUUCCGAUGAGCAGCCCACUGAGCUAUUCGGCCCCCAAUAUAUAUUCUAUAUUCUUUUUUUUUUUUUUUUUGGUUCUUUUUUUCGGAGCUGGGGACCGAACCCAGGACCUUGCGCUUCCUAGGCAAGCGCUCUACCACUGAGCUAAAUCCCCAACCCCCCAAUAUAUACUUAUUAAACAUUUUUGUCUGCGUAUCAGUAUGUAGGAGGGUCAGAGGACAAAUUCUCUCCUCCUAUCACGUGGAUCCACUAAGCAUUGCACCCUCUGAGCCCUCGCCUCUUCCCCUAAUCUAUAACUUCUCUUAAUAGCAUCUUUGGCAUCUGGUUUGGGGGUUUGGUUUGGUUUUCAAGACAGAGUUUUUCUGUGUAGCCCUGGCUGUCCUAGAACUCUAUAGACCAGGCUGGCCCCGAACUCAGAAACUCACCUGCUUCUGCCUCCUGAGUGCAUGUGCCAUCACUGUCUGGCUUUACUGUUAUUGUUUUGUAUCAAACUUUCUAAAUGAUUCCCAGGUAACUUUGGUUUUUUUGUUUUUUUAAGAUUUUUUAAGAAGAGGGCAUCAGAUCUCAUUACAGAAGGUUGUGAGCCACCAUGUGGGUGCUGGAAUUUGAACUCAGGACCUCUGGAAGAGCAGUCAGUGCUCUUAACCACUGAGCCAUCCUCCAGCCCUAUUUAAACCUUUCUUAAGUUGCUUUAUUUACUUAAGAGAUCAGGAUUGAACCCAGGGCUUCUCAAACACUACGCUCAUGUUCUCCUGCUAAAUCACAUUAUCAGUCAAAUCCUUGCUUUCAUUUUCUAUUUCAUACGUCCAGGUUGAUUUCCAACCCAUUCCUGAGUGCUGGGGUUACAGAUGUACACGACCAUGCAUGGCUUGCUUUAGCUCUUGUCAAUGCCCGUUUAUCUGGUGGUUAGCAGCUAUUCUCUUAUUCCCAAACCAUCUGUCCUGCACCUUUCACCACUUCCUAUCUUCUGACAUCCCUAAGCACAUAAACCUCACUUGCAGACUCGCCAAUAAUCCCUGGCACAUCCUGACACGCUGUCCCUGCCUCCCAAUUCACAAAUCCACAAAUGUCCGAAGUCAGUGACAAAAAUAGGCAACACAAAGUUGGGCUGCUGGCUCAGAUCUGUAAUCCCAACACUCAGGAUGCUGAGACAGGAGAAUUACUGAGUCCUAGGACAGUCUGGCCUACAGAUUUAAGCUCUACCCCAGCCAGGAUAGCAGUGUCAACACCUUUAUCAAAAAGAUUGUCAUAGUGGGGGGGCUGGAGAGAUGGCUCAGUGAUUUAGAGCACUGACUGCUCUUCCACAGGUCCUGAGUUCAAUUCCCAGCAACCACAUAGUGGCUCACAACCAUCUGUAAUGAGAUCUGAUGCCCUCUUCUGCUGUGUCUGAAGACAUCACAUACAUAAAAUAAAUAAACCUUAAAAAAAAAAAUCGUCGUAGUGGCUGGGAAGUAGCUCAGUGGGUAGUGUAUGCCUCAAAAUCCUGAGGACCUGAGCUUUGAUACCCAACACCCACAUAAGGCUGAGUGUGACAGCACUGGAGAAGUGGAUGCUAGUGGAUCCUAGAUCUUGUUCGGCCAAUCUAGCCAAUAUGGCAAGCUUCAGGUCCAAUGAGAAACUAGGCCUCAAAACAUAAGGUGAAGAGUGAUUGAGGAAAAUGUCUUAUGUCACACACAUACUCGGAGAGAGAGUCACCCCAUGGGCUAGAGACAUAACUCAAUGGGUAGGAUGCUUGCCUUAUUUUAUCCCCAUUACCACACAAAAAUUGAGCAUAGUAUUGUUGCCUGCCUCUAACUCCAGCUCUCUGGAUGUAGAGAACCAAAAGUUGGUGGUCAUCUUCAGCUACAUAGCUUGAAGCCAGGCUGGAGUAUAUGAGACCAUGUGUUAAAAUAAAAUAAUUUCCAACACAGGUGGAAGGGUUGGUGGCUGACAGCAGGCAAAGGAGCAAUAUGGCACAGAAGCAGCCCAUCUGUGUCCAGAGUUAAGGAGCCAUGAAACCUCAGCCACAGAGAAGCAGCCUCUCCAGGGGAUGAGGCCGUGUAAGUGACCAGGACAAAAGGGACAUGGCCUUGGGAGGGUAGGCUCUCCUUUCUGGGGUAGACUUGUAAGUUUCACAGGGCAAGAGCAGGGUCAUGUGGGAACCAGAGAAAAACCAAGUGAAGCUGUGCCCUUGUGCCCACAAGGGUCUUGGGAUGAAGUGAGCACUGCACAGGCCAUGCCUGCAGAGCUGAGCAGGGCUAGAUCAUGGGCAGUUCACUGAGUUGACAAUGGCCUAUAGGAUCCCAGCCACUGAAGCAGUGGGGAGUGGAACAAGGGGGCAUGAGAUGAGUUCUUCCCACACUCCUACUUGGAGACCCACUUGGAAAUGUCAUACAUGCAGUUCACUGUGUUGUCCAGAGGUCUAACCAGCUGGUACAGCAGUCCUGAUGGCACAUGACCCAAGAACUCAGCUCUGGAGAUGAGAACUAAAAUCCAGGUGCCCUUAGGCUGCGUCCUCUCCAGAGGCUGAGAAGGAAUCCAUCUCUUCCUUUCCAUGGGCUUGGCCAAAUCCAGAUCCUCGUAGCUGCUGAAGUCUCCCAAUCCUUCAGGCAGUAAACUGAAGGCUGUUUUCAGCUUCUGGCCACAGCAUUCCUUAGCUAUAAAGUGAUAUCCAGCAAGGAUGGGCUUGUUUGCAGGGCGUGCCUGGUGACCAUAUUAGGCUAACCAGAUAAUCCAGGAUAAUCUCUCUUCAAGGCCUCCAGAACCUUAAUCACAUCUGCAAAAUCUUCUUGGCCAUUUAAAAUAACUCCAUAGGCUCUUGGGAUAAGAGCUCUGACAUUAUCCUGCCUGUCACAUUAUCUUUAUUUUGCCACGCCAAAAAUUGAAACAAGAUUGAAUGACUUGCUAAGGUCACACAGGAGUCUCCAAACCCUCAGCCCAGCCCAUUAUACACCAGACAAGACACAAGAUACGGCUCAGAGCACAAAGCCUAACUUUGUAGGACACCAUUAAGGAUAGAUCCCUGACUGGGUGAAAGAAAACCAGUGAAAAGUGAGAUACCAGGUCUGUGAGGAUGAUUCCAACCGUAAGUCAGUGGGAAAUCCUAAGUCCUCCUUCAGUCUCCAAGCCUAUUGCCCUGCCCACCCCCAACUCCUCCCCUGAGAUGUUAAGCCUGCUUAAGGGCUCAGACCAGGAUCUGGGAGCUUACAGCCACUUGGCUUCCCUCUAGCCUGAACUGACUGAAGAUAGAGCUCUGGUUUUGAGCAGUUCUUCUGUGACAGGGUGUCAGUCAUCUACUUCUUGAGUUCCAAAGGCACAAAAAUGGGAAAUAACUAAUCCCUGGCAAAGCAGUGAUGUUACCAUAGAAACUGGAACAAAACUCUUCCAGUAUUUCAUGCAUCCUCGCUUCAAGGUAGCCGUGGUUCUAAGGCAUAAUCUGCAUGGACAGAAUAGGUCCACACAGGUGAGCCCUCUUCUGGCAGCAGAGGCCUAGCAAGGAAGGCCCUUGCUACCCCAUCCACCACCUUCACUUCAAGGUCAAGAAGCUGACUGACUUCCGGCCUUCUCCCCACUCUGGGAGCUUCAGUGAGCAGGAAAGGGUCACAGUGUGAAGGAGACAACUAUGAGGCCACUGGCAAGAAGCUGCUUUUGAGGUCAUCCCUUCAUUUUUAUAAUUUAUUUGGGGGUUUGUUUUUUUUUUUUUUUUAAGUGAUAGUGUCUUACUGUAUACUCAGGCUGGUCUGGAAAAGACAAUCCUCUAGUAUCCAAGUGCUGGGUGUGCCACCACACUGCAUCCCUGAGGUCCAGCAGCAGCAUCCUUCCUCCUGGCUGGUAUCCCAAGCUGGGCCCACCUCGCAGCAUUCCUCCCACUCUGACAACAGGUUCAGGAGGCUGGUCCACAACUCCUUCAAUCUUAGACACCAAAGUUGGCUUGUGUUCAAGGAAACAGCCCCUCAGAAAGCAGGGAGCCCUUUCCUACCCUUAAGGAAGGAUCCUGGUCUUGGAUGUAGAGGCAUUACCAAACAUCAAGCAGAAAAGCCAGAGGAAAAGGGCUGACGCUUCCAGAAAGAGGGCAUUAGAAAGCUGUGUGUAGGGCCUCAGCUCUCACAGCAGCUGUUCCAGCCUCAUGGCCACAGGGAAUACUUAAUGGAGCAAACCAUGAAAAGUGAGAAAAAGCCAUUUCACUCUCUGGGGAGCCGGGGAGCCAGAGUGCUGUUCCUCACAGAUCCUGACAGGAUUCCAGCUUGGCAGGCAUUGCUUCAUACAUACCACAUGGCUAGAGAAGCCAUCUGCAGCACCCCCUGUCCCUUCCCCAGGCUCCUCCCCAAAAAUACUGAGGAAGUACAAGAAGACCACUCAGCUGCUGAGCAUUUGCAGAGCUAAAAGAGGCCCCAAAUGUGACAUAAAGUGGUAGCAGUGCCCAGCAUAAACGCCAUGGGUACCACCACACCCCUACUUGCAAGAUACCGCACAUGGACAUCCAAACCAGGAAAGAUGCUUGAUAAAGGAUCCCAGCUACAAAUCUGGCCUAUCCAUGCACACAUGCCCUUACGGGAAGCCAAUGAACUCGGCAGGGAUAAGCAUCCAUGGUUUCCAGAAGCUGAGUCAUGUAAGUGAAGGGGAGCAAAGCUGGCACACCUAACAAACCUUAGACAGCACUGGGGCCUGUACCAGCCACAUGUCCCUCGGUGGACCCCAAUCCAACGCCAUCCUCAGUUUGUGUGGAAGCAGAAGCCCAGUGCAGGAGGACAUGAUGUAUUUCUGGAGCAAGGUUUAAAUAGACUUUAUUGUUACAAAGGGGGACCCCAUCAAGCAGAACCAAUAUAUGUGGUCCCAGUUGUCACCAUGGAGACAUCGAGAGGUCAUGAUUGCAGAAGAGGUGACUGGAAUUGAAUAACAUGAUCCCAGGGUAAGCCAGCCAGGAAUGCAGGAAACAUGAUCAAGGUGGGCUGGCAAGAGUGGUCUAGUCAAAGGAUGAGGGAAGACGCUCCCUUCACUCCCGCUUCUUGUAGCUUUCCAGGUGUGACAGGACCCAGC